AUGGCCACACGCCUAGGCACGGCUGUGCGCAUUCACCUAAAGCCUAGUUCCCGACACCAACUAUCCGACACUCGGUCGAUUCUCGAUGCGCUCAAGAAAUUCGGUGAAGUCAAUACAUUCAAGAACCUCAAGUUCGACUUCCAUCACGCGAAACCAAAUGAGAUCAAUCGCUGCAUUCGCGUGAUCUUCGACGAAAAAGAAGCCGCAGAACGCGCCAUCGCCGCAUCGCCUCUGAAAGUCUCCAUUUCCCACCGACAAUCACAAUCACAAUCACAACUAGCAAACAACCCCUCGUCCACCGAAUCCCCUUCCUCAAACCCAUACACAGACUCCGUUCUCACAAAACACACCUCAACCCCCGGCAUCGCCCCCAAGAAUAAAGAAAUAACCUGCACAAUCGAACCCGACAACCACACAGUAGCAAUGAUAACCUCCCGCACAAAGUUCAACGUCUACAACACCCGCAAAAAGGACAAUCACGUCCUCCAUGACCUCACGGGUCCAGAAACAAGCAUACCGCUUCCACAACUGACCGAUACGAUCCGGCGCGAAGGGAUGGACUUCUACGACAAGAAAAGGAAACCAGAUCCCAAUGCGCCGACCUUAAUGGAGCUUUAUAGAGAGGGUGUGCAAGCUGCCGCUGAUGCAAAGAACCCGCGCUCGAAAAUCGUUACGUUGGAGGAGGUGCAUAAAUCGCAUCAGUGUCAGGAUCAGGAUCAGGAUCAACCCCAGCAUCAGCACGAGACGACUGCUCGCGAAAGCGGGUUGAAGCGAUUGGCCAAGGAGAAGACGCGUCACCCUCGGAUGGCGGAAGAUUGA